GGAAACCAACCACACAACACAACAACAUAGUCAAGCCAAUAACAUUGUCCUUAAUUAUUUUCAUUAUCCACCGUUCUCUUCAAAACAUAGCAACAACCAUUCAGCAACCAUGCCUACAGUUUCAACAAGAAACAAAUCAAAACAUGCCAAGAAAAAAAACAGAACUUUGACUCUGCCCAACCAACAUUCUUCAGCUACUGUUCAACUCCAAAACCAAGGUUCUUUUCUAUCUGAAAAUCAUACCAAAAUGGAAGGCUAUUUCAAUGAAACAUUGCAUGACACACAAAAGGUAGAAAAAGAAGAAUCAUUAAGUAAAGAUAAGGAGGUAGUAGCUGUUGAAGUAGCUUCUGCUGCUGCUGCUGAUGAUGAUGAUUGUGGUGGAAAAUCCAAGUCUCUCAGUGAUACACAAGAUGUUGUUAAAAUUGAUGAACAGGUUGAGAAUGCAUUGGCCUCAGAAACUGUAGAACUGGAAUUGAAGGAAGAGAAAAAGGAAGAUUUUAUAUCACUUGAAGAUAAUGAUGGUUUUUCAUCAGUUAUGGCUAAUCAUGUUGUGGAGCAAACUGAAUUACCUUCUUCAGAGGACAAUAAUGAGGGAUUAAGGGAAACUGAAGUGGUUGAAGCAAUUAAGGACAUGACAGGUUCUGAAGAGGAGAAGAAUGUUUUGUUUUCAAAUGAGGUUAAUAUUAGUUCUUCUCUGCCUUUAAGUGAUGUAGUUUCAAGGGGAGUUUAUUUGGAGAAAAGUGGUUCAAAAUCUGAUGAGGGUGAAAAGGGUAAUCCUCCAAAGGGAAUUGAACAAUCAUUGGUGACAUCUACAUAUGAAAAAGUUGAGGAACAAUCAGAUAUUCAAGAGUCAUCAUCCUAUGAAAGUGCUAAGGAGACUCUUCAACCAUCUUCAAAUUUUCCUGAUUCUGAAAGCAAUAGUGCUGCUGAGCAAGUCAUGAUUGAAGAAUCUAGAAGCAUUGAAAACCCAGAGAACAUUUUUCCUGUGACUCAAAGGCAACACACCUCUUGGAAGAGUUGCUGUGGACUCUUUGAAAUUAUGAGGCGUGGUGAUAGAUAAUUCAAGCUGGGAGCUUCACAGGAGGUUGGCCCUUGAGCUAAGGUAUAUUGAGGCAUUGCAAUUUGCAAGUCACAUGAUGUUAUGGCACCCUUUUAGAGCAGUUAAUUUGUUUUAUUUACUUAUUUAUUUUAGUUGAACUGUCAAUUUGUUUUUAUAUGUAUACCUUGAUUUUGAGUCUCAUAUUAUGAGGCUUGUUCUCUUACGUUUUCUUGUUGCCAUUAUAACUGCUUGGUUUGGUUACAGAGCGGGUUAGAUUAUCCUCUAUCAAAUUUCAGUUGGCAUAUUGUAAACUUUCUCGAAAAUUAUUUAACAAUAGCACAUUACAAAUUACAUACGUAUUAUAUUUUAG